AUAGUUGUACUUCCAGGUAACUUGUGUGUGUGUUGAAGUUCCUCAUUUGUGCUCAGACGCCCAGCAUGGCAGUGCAAUGUGUUUUCCACUUGAUGCAAGCCUUUUUUGUCCUGCUACUCUGCUUAUCUGAAGCCUCAGAGUUUAGCAGAAAUUACUAUGAUACUCUCAAUGUUGAGACCACAGCCACUGACAGACAGGUAAAGAAGGCUUUCCGCCAUCUGGCUGUAAAAUACCACCCUGAUAAGAACAAGAGCACCGACGCAGAGAAGACUUUCAGAGAGAUUGCUGAAGCCUACACGGUGCUCUCCAACAAGGAGAAGAGGAGGCUGUAUGACCGUGUGGGCCACGAGGCUUUCCUAAAAGAGGAGGCUUCUGUUGACCCUGAGGAUGAAGAUGAAACAAGCUUCCACUUUAAUUUUGAAGACCUCUUCCAUGACUUCAAUGAUAGUCCUUUUGUGGAGGAAUCACACUUCCAAUGGAGCUUUCAUCAGGAUGGGGAGGAAGAGGAUGGUCCAUAUGAACAAUACAGUUUUGUAGGGCCUGGCUUCAACUUUUAUGUUGGGGAUGAUGAUGAAAAUGAAGAAGACUUUUACUACUAGAUUUCCCAUAUCUCAAUCCUGUAUUCUGUAUGACUGUUUUUAAUGUGUUGUCUUUUAGUGAUACCAACGUCUUCUUAUUAAAUCGUUACGUCAGUA